AUGGAGCCCGCAGCCUGGGGAGGGGGGGGGGGGGGGGGGGCAGUCCCAGCAGAACCCCCCCCCCUGAGUCCGAUCCAUGAGCCUGGCACCAGAAAAGCCCUCCGCUCCUCGACACGUGUCAGGAGCCCGGUGACGCAGCAGGGCCCCGUAGAUAAGGACCAGGGGGAGUCCGAGCGGGACCUGGGUUGUUGGUUUUUGGGGGGCCAGCCUUACUCGGUCCUAUCACGAUCACCACGGCAGAGCAGGGAGAGGCUGCUCUUCCACCGCGCUCGAUCCGAGGAGAACGCGUACAGCAUCAUCCCGUCCGCGGCUGCCAUGCUCUUCCACGGGCUGCCCGCGGGUGACGUGCACGGCGUCGUGGAGGAGAUGGAGCGGCGGGCCCUGAAGAGCGAGUCCACGGCCAUCAGCUCUGCCAUCGACAUGGGAGAGAGCGAGACGACCAUGCCGUGCCUGUCCGGGGAGCGCGUGGCCCUGUGCGCGGGCUGCGGGAGGAAGAUCUCGGACCGGUACUACCUCCUGGCCGUGGACAAACAGUGGCACAUGCGCUGCUUAAAGUGCUGCGAGUGUAGACUCAACCUGGAGUCAGAACUGACCUGCUUCAGCAAGGACGGCUCCAUCUACUGCAAGGAUGAUUACUACAGGUACGAGCACAGGUACAAGCACAGGUACAACCUCAGGGACGGCUCCAUCUACUGCAAGGAUGAUUACUACAGGUACGAGCACAGGUACAAGCACAGGUACAACCUCAGGGACGGCUCCAUCUACUGCAAGGAUGAUUACUACAGGUACGAGCACAGGUACACGCACAGGUACAACCUCAGGGACGGCUCCAUCUACUGCAAGGACGAUUACUACAGGUACGAGCACAGGUACAAGCACAGGUACAACCUCAAGGACGGCUCCAUCUACUGCAAGGAUGAUUACUACAGGUACGAGCACAGGUACAAGCACAGGUACAACCUCAGGGACGGCUCCAUCUACUGCAAGGACGAUUACUACAGGUACGAGCACAGGUACAAGCACAGGUACAAGCACAGGGACGGCUCCAUCUACUGCAAAGAUAAUUACUACAGGUACGAGCACAGGUACAAGCACAGGUACAACCUCAGGGACGGCUCCAUCUACUGCAAGGACGAUUACUACAGGUACGAGCACAGGUACAAGCACAGGUACAAGCACAGGGACGGCUCCAUCUACUGCAAAGAUAAUUACUACAGGUACGAGCACAGGUACAAGCACAGGGACGAAUCAAUCUACUGCAAAGAGGAUUGCUACAGGUAG